AUGGAGCGGAACAAUAUAGAUUUUACAACAAAUACGCCAGGAAAUAAUCACGUAGAAGCCGUGGACUACGCUUUGCAUUUUUCAACAUGGAGUUUGGAAUACUUAAAAUCUGCUGCAAUUCAGUUAAAGCUGGUGAAGCCGAGAAGCUUAGCUUGGGCUAUCAUGCUGAAUGCUCUUCCUCCGCCCUCAAGUGAUAUUAUAAGCAGUAUUAAAGCUCACAGAAACUUCUAUGAUGACCUAAAGGUAAAACUGUCAAUGGAUCCACGCGCCGUCAUCGAUGAUGAUCCACUGUCGCAGAAUGACGAGAGUGCCUGGAAACAACACUUCUGUGAUAACGAACUCAAAGCUCUGAUACUCCAAGAUGUUGUGAGGACGUUUCCAGAUGAGGUCUACUUCCGUGAUGAAGAAGUUCAGAACUUAAUGGUCCGCGUGCUUUUUUUCUGGGCUCGAUCUCAUUCUGUAGGUUAUAGACAAGGAAUGCACGAAGUAUUAGCUCCGUUACUUUUUGAAUUGCAUGCAGAUAGGAAAUACGCACCAGAUAAUAUAAGUGAUACGCUCAAAUAUUAUUUGAAUAAGGAGUACUUGGAACAUGACAGUCACAUGUUAUUUAAUGCUGUCAUGAAAGGCUUAGAAAAGUUUUACACUACCGGUGAUGUAGUGCCAACAGCGUCUGGUAGAUUACCCACUUCUAGAUCAGUACAUAACCAAAAUGAAGUUGUUCGAUACUUAGAGAGGGUAAAGGAGGAAUAUUUGGUGCCUUUAGAUUUUGAACUGGCAACACAUUUAACCGAAUGUAAUAUAUCAAUGGAAUUAUUUGGAAUUCGAUGGCUUCGGCUGCUAUUUGGGAGGGAAUUUCCACGAUCAGAGAUACCUCAUCUGUGGGGAUUUAUAUUCGCUGAUGGGCCAAUAAUGCCCAACCUUCAUUACAUUAUCGUCGCCAUGUUGAUAUCAAUGAAAGACGCACUGUUGGAGUCGGGGUCUGGCGCGGCGCUGAGCGCGCUGAUGCGGCCGGUGUGCGUGCCGGCGCGCUACGUGUGCGCGCUGGCGCUGCACCUGCGGAGCCCGCACCUGCACCCGCGCCCGCCCCCGCCCCCGCCGCCGCCCCCUCCACGCCAAAUAACACCCCCCUCCUCCUCGCGCACAUCGUCGUGGGAACGCAGGCAGUACAGUAAUCAGUUGGAGCAUCGCGCCGAAGCGGAGUCCGGUUCUGAGAACUCGGAGGGGUCCGAAGGCGUGGCGGAAGGCGGUGACGUGGCGCGGUCGCUGGCGGCACUAGCGCUGCUGCGCGCCCGCCUGCCGCCCGCCGCGCGCGCGCUCGUCGCCGCGCUGCCGCACGUGCCGCCCGCCGCGCGCGACCCGCUGCGCCCGAUACUGCAGGUGCUGCACGUCACAUACUGCAUGCGUACAUACUGCACAAUAGCAUACUGCCGCCCAUCUCGGGCGCGAUCGCUGCCGCACGCGCCGUCCGCUGCGCAUGAUCCGCUGCGCCAGAUACUGCAGGUGUUGCACGUCACAUACUGCAUGCGUACAUACUGCACAAUAGCAUACUGCCGCCCGCCUCGCGCGCGAUCGCUGCCGCACGCGCCGCCCGCUGCGCAUUAUCCGCUGCGCCAGAUACUGCAGUUAGCAGCUCUACUCCAAUGCCGAAAUCACGCUCUUAUAGAUGUAGAGACUGCAUUGGAAGCCGCCGAAAAUCAAAUACCAGAAACAGUGGGCCAGCAUCAAAUAGUGCCUGUUCGAACACAAACACCUCGCCAGCCAAGGCAAGUGCGUAAGGUCAAGGAAGUGCCACUUAAGGUUUUCCAUCAGGUUGAGUGCCCCCAGCCUACUAACCUACCAUUCCUAGACCCAUUGAGACUCAGGACAGAGUGA